AUGACUGAAUACGUCAAGGUCGAGAAGAUCAUCCCCAAGUUCCCGCCGCCGGCGUUCAGCGACAUCGCCAAGGCCUCGAACGACCUUAUCAACAAGGACUUCUACCACACUGCCGCAGCUGCCCUUGAGGUCAAGCUUAAGGCCCCCAACGGUGUCAACUUCACCGCCAAGGGAACCUCUGCCCACGAUGGGCCAGUCACCUCUUCUCUUGAGGGCAAGAAGUCGCUUUCCAACGGCAUCAGCAUCACCCAGUCAUGGAACACUGCCAACAUGCUGGCGACCAAGGUCGAGCUCAACGACACCUUCGCCAGCGGCUUGAAGACCGAGGUUCUCUCCAACUUCAGCCCCGCUGCCGGCAACAAGGGCCAGAAGGUCAACCUUCACUUCAAGCAGCCCGCUUUCCACGGCCGUGCUUUCGUCGACUACUCGGCCGCCGGCGCAAUUGGCACCACUGCCGAUGCUGUCGUUAGCCACGAGGGCAUGGUCGUCGGUGGUGAGGUCGGUUACGAUGUGCAGAAGGCUGCCAUCACCAAGUACUCCGCCGCUGUCGGAUACACCACCCCUCUCUACAACGCUGCCGUCACUGCCACCAACUCCCUGAGCGUCUUCACCGCCUCUUACUACCAGCGCGUCAACCCCGCUGUUGAGGCCGGUGCUCGCGCUGUCUGGGACUCAAAGUCUGGCAACAACGUUGGCCUUGAGCUCGCUGCCAAGUACAAGCUUGACCCUGCGUCUUUCGCUAAGGCCAAGAUCAACAACCUUGGAAUUGCUUCCCUCGCCUACAACACCAAGGUCAACAGCGGUUUGACCUUCGGUAUUGGUGGCUCUUUCGAUACCCAGAAGCUGAACGAGGCCGGCCACAAGCUCGGCACCAGCUUCACCUUCGAGGGUUAA